GCCACCAUGGAGCUGACGUCUCCCCUUGCAGUGCAAAGAACACGUCCCCGAUACCUUUCUUUUGUGUAAUAAUGUAAAUUCUUUCUAUUCACUCAUUGGCCUUAUUUAAAGCUGCUGCUGUGCUGUUUCCCUGCAUACUCGAACCGUUCCACACACCCAAUGCGACUUUCCACGUUUCUAUAACCCUCGAGUGCAGGAGCGAUUGACGCGCACGCGACCACCUCCAAACGCUCGAUCCUUCUUAGACGGGAGGACCGGCCAUGAAGAUGCCCUCUGUCGCGCAAUGGACGGGUACGCCCUCGGUCAAGGGCUCUACUGAGAGCAUGCGCAUGGCCCUGCUCACGGCAUCUCUCAUCGGACUACAGUUCACAUGGAAUGUAGAAAUGUCCUACUGCACACCGUACCUCCUCGAACUCGGCCUCACCAAGUCCAAAAUCUCCCUCGUCUGGGUCGCGGGCCCCCUGUCCGGCCUCAUAACACAACCCAUCGUCGGCGUCGUCGCAGACCGAUCGACAUCCCGCUGGGGCCGGCGCAGGCCAUUCAUGUUCUACGGCACUAUACUCGUCGGCAUAUUCCUGUUACUACUUGGGUGGACGAGAGAAGUAGUCAGAUACUUUGUCAAGGAGGAGGCGGCGGCGAAGUCAGCGACAAUUUACGUGGCGGUGCUAAGUAUAUAUGGAAUUGAUUUCGCCAUCAAUGCUGUGCAGGGAAGCUGUAGGGGUCUCAUCGUGGACACACUGCCGAUUUCGAAACAGCAGAUGGGCAGUAGUUGGGCGAGCCGGAUGGUUGCGGUCGGCUCGCUAAUAGGAUACGGUGCUGGAGCUAUUGAUUUGAAGAGUGUGUUUGGCCCGAUGCUGGGCGAUACGCAGUUCAAGCAACUUACAGCUGUUGCGGCACUGACACUGUGUCUGGCGGUCGGGACAACGAGCUGGGCAGUGACGGAACGUGUGUUGAUAAGUGACGGGGCGGACGGAGAGAAGCUGGAUAUCAAGCAGGUGCUGGGUACGAUUGCGCACACGGCGAUGAAUUUACCGAAGGGGAUACAAGCUAUCUGUCAUGUGCAGUUUUGGGCCUGGAUCGGCUGGUUUCCCUUCCUUUUCUACAGCACAACCUGGGUCGGCGAAGUCUAUCUACGCUACGAUGCCCCUGCAGACGUCAAAGCAUCCCCCGAUCUUACCGGCAAAGUGGGCCGUAUCGGCUCCAUGGCGCUCAUCGCCUUCUCCAUCAUUACGUUCGUGAUGUCGGUCCUGCUCCCCUUCUUCGUUCAGAGCCCAGAGGAUGAGAAGGCGCCUGGCUUCACGCCCCGUCCACCGAAGAGCAUCGCUGGCCUUGUGACUGAUAUGGAGAAAUACAAACCUUCUCUGCUUACAGUGUGGACGGUAUCUCAUUGCAUAUUUGCAUCUUCGAUGAUCACCGCACCCUUUGUGCAGUCGCUAAGGGGUGCGACGUUCAUCAUCGCAGUUUGUGGCGUAUCAUGGUCGAUUGCGUGCUGGGCGCCUUUUGCCUUCUUGGGUGUCGAGAUCAACCGCCUCUCUUCUCCGAACAGCCAUACAUACGGCCAUCUUGGCCGCACCUCAGUUGAACUCGAAUCACCCAUUGCUCUGCAUCUCAAUCAUGGGCUAGAAGAAGCCAGUGGUAGCCAAACCGGCGAAAGCUCUGGCAAGUAUCUCGGCAUCAUGAACUUGUAUACAACCCUUCCCCAGUUUGUUGGAACAGGUAUAUCGUGGGUGGUGUUCUCGAUACUAGAGCCUGGGAAGAGUCCUGAGCUAUCUGAAGCACCGCCCGAAGAGCAUAAUUCGACUGAUGGGCCGAAUGCGAUUGCGGUUUGUUUGUUUAUUGGGGCGUGCUCCGCGUGUAUGGCUGUGCUGGCUACAAGGAGAUUAAAGAGGAUACAGGGUUAUUAAUAGAGGUAGACUUUCCAUAUAGACUAUAGAGUUCGGUACAGCGUUAUCGCUGACGGUCCCAACACAAGCUCGUUCCACGAUCCUACGCUAUUUCGGGACGUAAGGGACGCGACGGCGUUUGCGAGAUUUUGCUACGGGAUUUCUAUGGGUCUGGCUUUGUUCUAGAAGGGGAGGUGUGGCUAAUAAUAUUCAAGGAUGGUGUUGGAUGUAGAAGAACAAAGUGCCCUUUUC